AUGAAGUGGUUUCGAGACUCACUCAAUGAUCAACAGAGUAUCAAAGACACGGUAGUGCAAAUGGAGAACUGGUUGAAAGAUGUGGACAAAUGUGGUCUGGCAGGAAAAUUCAAGGCCUGGAUUUACCAACAUGGCAUCCUACCACGCCUAUUGUGGCCGCUGCUGGUGUACAGUGUACCGUCAUCAACAGUGGAAGCAAUGGAGAGGACAAUAAAUUCAUUCCUCAGGAGGUGGAUGGGGGUGCCAAAGAGUUUCACCAGCCUCGGUUUGUACUGCACAGGCAGCAAGCUGCAGAUACCUCUCAGAUCACUGACGGAGGAAUACAAGGUCACAAAGGCUCGGAAAGUCAUUAUGCUACGAGACAGUAGUGAUGAGAAGGUUAGAGAAGCAGGAGUGCAGGUCAACACCGGGAGAAAGUGGAGGGCUGACAAGGCAGUUGAAGAGGCUGAGGCUCGUCUUCGGCACAGCGACAUUGUCGGAAAUGUCGCACACGGGCGACUAGGUUUCGGAUGCGUCACCCGUUCGCAGUGGAGCAAAGCCAGUGCAAUAGACCGACGCAUCCAAGUGCAGGAAGAGGUUCUCCGAAUGGAGGAAGAAUCCAGGCUCACCAGAGCUGUUACCCUACGGAAACAGGGAAAAUGGCUGAACUGGGAGGGAGUACCCCAGAGAAAGCUUACAUUGAAUGCGAUCUGGACCAUGGAAAGCGACAGACUUAGUUUCUUGCUCAAGUCUGUCUACGACGUGCUGCCAAGUCCAACAAACCUAGUGACUUGGGGUCUUGCCGAAAAGCCAGAUUGCAAGCUCUGUGGAAGACCAGCGAAUCUGGAACAUGUCCUGAGCUCAUGCAGGACAGCCCUGUCUGAUGGCAGAUACAGAUGGCGUCACGACAGGGAGAUCACCGUGACAAACCAGAGACCCGACAUAGUACUGUGGUCAGCUGCAUCAAAACAGGUUGUGAUGGUGGAGCUCACAGUACCAUGGGAGGAGCGGAUUGAAGAGAGCUUCGAACGGAAGCGCGAAAAGUACCAGGCCCUCACAGAUACUUGCACAGAGAAAGGCUGGAAGGCAUGGUGUUUUCGAGUGAAGGUGGGCUGCAGAGGUUUCCCAGCGCAAUCACUGUGGCGCACUUUCAGCAGACUGGGGGUUACAGGACAGGUCCGAAAACGGGCCAUAUCGGUUGUUGCACGUGAAACGGAGUCGGCUUCCUUGUGGCUAUGGCGGAAGAGAGAGGAGAAGUGGAUAGGGGGACACAGGGCAGUCGACUAG